UUUGAUUUAGGUAACUUUUGUUGUAAUAUGUUUUGGUGUAUGUCACUUUUGUUGUAACAAAUUUGACGAAUUAACUACGUAAGCCUUUCAACUUUUUUAAAAUUAUAAAUAUGUAGGAAGUAAUUUGAUAUGUAUUUCACAGAAAAUGUGUAACUUCUUAUCCUUACAUUAAACAGAUAUACUGGGUGAGGACUUCUUAUUAAAUGAGGAAAUCUAGAAUUAACUCACAGACAGUAAUUGGAAUAUUGAAGUUAUUUUUCUCGCUCUUCUUCAUAAUAUCUAUAGAAGCAACGGUAUGGAUGUCUCAAGUCGAACAGCUUUUGUUGUUAAGCAGGGUAUCGUUGCGUAUCAAGCAAAAUAUCCGCCAGAAACAACGGAAUAUAAUAAAAUACCAGCACCUAAUGAAGAUUUUAAUGCUGAAAUUGGUUCUCAACUGAAUGACUUGCUUUUGGGUUCGAUGAUUGAAGCCGAAACAUCUACAACUGAGAAGAUUCCCACUGAUUCUGGCAAUCUCAGUGAUUAUAGGGGAUACGAUUUGGUUUUAUAUGGUAAACAUUGUAACACUACCAAUCACCAGCCUCAAGAUGCAGUAAUGCCUUUAGCUCAAGAAAACUU